AUGUCGGACGAGAGCGAGCAACAGCUGACUUUCACCGUCAAGUCGUCCAACGACGCCAAAUAUGCAGUCACCAUCGCUGCCAAUUCUACCGUCAGUCAACUCAAGGAAAAGCUGGCUACAUCAGACUUCGCAGACAUUCCCACCGAGCGCCAACGUCUAAUUUACUCUGGUCGUGUGCUCAAGGACCCCGAGACGCUAGCAAGUUACAAGAUCAAGGACGGCAACACUAUCCACCUCGUCAAGGGCGCUGAGAGUAACAACCGCCAAAAUCCUGCCAACCAAGGAGGCUCAACCCCCAUCCCCGGAGCCGGCACAGCUGCCAACGUUCCCUCCAACAUCGCCGCCGGAACUGGCGCACACAAUCCCCUAGCCCAGCUGACAGGCGCACGCUAUGCCGGUUUCCACCAACUGCCCGGUGCAGACAUGUUUGGCGCUGACGGUGGUAUGGGCGCACCCCCAGACCCGGAUCACCUCCUACGAAUGCUCGAGAACCCUGCCUUUGCCCAACAGAUGAACGAAGCCAUGAACAAUCCCGAUGUCAUCAACAUGAUGCGCAACAACCCUAUGCUCCGUAACAAUCCUAUGGCCCAGCAAAUGUUCGACAACCCGGAACUACGUCGCAUGCUCAUGAACCCCGACUUUAUCCGUAUGCAGAUGAACAUGCAGAGAAGCAUGGGUGGUGGUUUGGGCGGCGCAAGUGCUUUCCCUGCUCCCGGCGCGACAGACACUUCCGAGUCAGACUCAACAUCACAAAACACACAACAGCAGAACCCUCCGCCAAACCCCUUUGCCAUGUUCGGUGGUGGACAGGGCGCAGGAAGCGGCGCAAACCCCUUUGCUGCUCUCUUCGGUGGUAACCCUGGUGCUGUUCAAGGUCAAACACCCGCUGGCACUCCUCCCGUCCCCACUGCCGGUCAAGGAACUCCCGCUCAAGGUCAAACUCCUGGUGCCAAUGCUUCCCAAACACAAGCAAAUCCCUUCGCAAGUCUGUUCGGCGGUAUGGGAGGUGGUAUGGGAGGCGCUCAAGGCAGUGGCUCAGAUCCCAUCCAACAGAUGGCUCAACAAAUGAUGCAGAACCCAGAGAUGAUGCGCUCCGCAAUGAACAUGAUGCAAAACAUGUACGGCGGCAACAACAAUAACAACAACUCAGGCGCUGGUGGUGAAGGAGGUGCUGCUGCCAACCCCUUCGGCGGCAUGAAUCCAUUCGCAGCAUUCGGUGGUAUGGGAGGCUUCGGCGCACCACAACAACAGCAGGACAGUCGUCCGCCAGAGGAGCAAUACGCAACUCAACUGCAACAACUCAACGCAAUGGGUUUCUACGAGUUUGAUCGUAAUGUUCGUGCUCUGCGCAUGAGUGGUGGAAGCGUGGAAGGUGCUGUUGAACACUUGCUCAGUGGAACGAUAUAG